AUGAACUUAAAAUUAAAAGAUUUUGUUGAAAAAUUGCUGCAAAAUUCUUAGAAUUUAAAUAUCAAAGAUUAAUUAUAAUAAAGUUAAUCUAAGGAAAUUUUCACGUAAACCCUCCAAAUUUUAGAUAAACUUUAAGAAGAAAUACAUUUGAUAUUUACUAGUAUCAAGGAAUCCAUCUAAGCAAUUUAAAUUCAUGAAAAAAAAAUUGAUGAUAAAUUUCUUUAACUUAUUAAAGAAAAUUUGAACCCAGUGGAGUGCUCUAAUUUUGAAUUAGAUUUUUUGGUAAAUUUUCUCAAUGGAGAUAUUUUUGAAAAAGAGAUGGAAAAAAGAAUUUAGCUUAGUUCAUUUAUUAAGAAUGAUUGGUCUGAUUAAUAAUCUAUAUAAAUUUUGUCGUCUAGUUGAAAAACAGGAAAAAACAUUGUAUAGAAAAAGACAAAAACAAAUUGAAUUUUAACAAAAUCUAAAAUUUAGAAAAAGCUGAACAUUUAUAAAUAAAUGGUUAAUAUGGAGUUAAAGGCAAUAGAAUAAGAAAAUGGAAAUAUUUUUGGAAGGGAUAAGAAAUUGGAUAUUGUUAAUACAAUAUUUGUGGAUAACAGGAUGGUAAUUAGAUUGAAUUAUGCGAUAAUUAUUCGGAGUAUUAAUAAUUUAUUUUAUAUUAGCGAAAAAAAUGUACUAGAAAUCGGUUAGUGUUCAAAAGGAAAGAGAUGUGGAAAAUGGUCCUUUUAUUGUGGUUAUAGAUAAAUGUAAAUACAGUAAUUAUCAAAUUAGAGGUGGUGGAUCUUAUAAUGAAGAAGGAAUUAAGGCUGGGAGAUGGGUAGAAUUGGAUAGUCAGUUUAAAUUGGAGAGAUAAAUCAUUUACUAAGGUGAAUAUAAUAUGAAAGGCGUGAAGAUUGGUAAAUGGGAUAUUGAGUAUUGUAAUCCAGGAUAAGAAGAAUAUAAAAAAAUGUAAUUUGUAUAAGUUAAACUUAUUAGUGGUAGUGGAUUAUAUGAUUAAGAGAAUUAAAUUAAGAAUGGAUAAUGGAUAGAGUUGUGGGGCAAUUUCGAAAAAUAUACAUAGGUCAUUUCUUAUGGAAAAUAUAGCUAAGAAGGCAUAAAGGUAGAUAAAUGGGAUUUUCAGUAUCGUCAAUAUAAUGAAUAGAAAUACAGAUAAAUGUAAAGUUUGUUUAAGAUUAGAUUAUUGUUUUAGUGGUGAUGGAUCUUAUAAUUAAGAGGGAAUUAAAAUAUCGAGUUGGUUAUAGUUAGAUGAUGGGUUUAACUGGCAAAAAUAAGUCAUUUAUAAAGGAGAUUACAAUGUAAGAGGGAUAAAAAUUGGUUAAUGGGAUAUUUACUUUUUUAAUCCAGGAGAAGAAGUAUAGAAUAAAAUGUAAGUAUUGUAAAAGUUUAAGAUAUCUAGUGGUGGUGGAUCUUAUGAUUAACAGGGAAUAAAGAAUGGGGUGUGGGUAGAAUUGUGGGAAAGAUUUUGUUUCUAGGCUUAGAUCACUUAUAAUGGUAGAUAUAAUAAGAAAGGUAUUAAGGUAGAUAGAUGGGAUAUUUGUUAUCGUGCUAAAAAUUACAAAAAUUAUGAACCAAUGCAAAAUUUAUCUUAUUAUAUUUAUAUGUCAGAGGUGGUGGAUUUUAUGAUUAAGAAGGAAUUAAGACUAGAAAAUGGGUUGAAUUGGAUGAACACUUUUUUUGGGAGAAAUAAAUCAUUUAUGAAGGUCAAUACAAUUGGAAAGGGAUGAAGAUUGGUUAAUGG